UCAGCGACCUCGCAUUGAAUGAAUUUCCCAUUUUUCCUGUUCAACUUCCCAACCUGCGUCGGGAGUAAUUUAAACUCGACGCGCGUGCCGCCGGGCUCACGGUGUAUUGGUUUUCAUCAAAUUAGAGUAGUGUCUGUUCCACCCUGCUCACAGUUCCCCCCUCUCCCCUCCUCCCACGUGACCGGGAGAUUUUAUAUAGGAUUAGCCCAGCCGGCCACGCGACCACGCCACACGGCCGCGCCGUACCGAUUUUCCAGGCCGCCUAACAAGACGAUUGCUUUUGCAGUGCUCAAUCUGCUGGACGAGCUGGGCGGCUUCCAGCCCAUGAACGCCACGCCGGACAUCAACAAGCUGCUGGCCAGCAUCGCCACCCUCAACGGCGGGCCCCUGUUCCGCCUGUCCGCCGACCAGGACCUGCAGAACAAGUCGCGCUUCGCCAUCUACCUGGACACGCCCAAGCUGCCCUGGAUGCCCACGCACCCCAACUUCUACAGCGAGAGCAUGGACGCGCUCAUGCCCGCCUCGCCCGGCAUGCCCCGCCUGCGGACGCUGCUGCCGCCGCCACGGCCCGACUACUUCGCGGACCUCGGGCGGGUCCGUCACCGGCGGGACGGCGUGCGGAGCAUCAACCAAGCCGCCAACGGCACCAGCAGCGCCAGCCGCAGCAGCAGCGAGGACUUCGCCUUCGCCUACGUCAAGGAGCGACUUCAUGAAAAACGCCUGUACCGCGUGGACCGCCUGCUGAGCAACUUCCUGCCCGCCAACCUGUCGCGGAAGGAGCGCCGCGAGAUGGCCCAGUCCGUCCUCCUCUUCGUGUCUUCCCUGGCCAAGGCCAUCCCGCGCGAGAAGAACUUGCUGUACACCAUGAAGGACCUGCCGUCCUUCAUCGAGAUGAGCUUCACCCUGGCGCAGAUGCGGGAAAAGUUCGACUUCCUGGACUGGACGUCCAUCUUCCAGGAGGUGUUCAACGUGAGCGACAUCCCGGACGACAUGACCGUGUACGUGCUGCCGCCGUCGUACUUCGCCGAGCUGGGCCGCCUGCUGCCGCGCUUCCAGCCCAGCGUGGUGCACAACGGGCUGCUGAUGAUCUUCGCCACGGACUCGCUGCUGGAGCUGGUGGACGUGACGGACACGCCGGACUGGGCCAUCAAGUGCACGCGCGUCACCAUGCAGGUGUUCCCCAAGGCCGUGGGCGCCAUGUACGCCCGGCUGUGGUCCAAGGAGGAGCUGGCCGCGCUCAGGGACAACCUCUCCAAGUUGCUGGACCUGCUGAAGGAGACGACGGUGCGGCGUCUGGGGCACCUGCCGUGGCUGGACGAGGAGUCCCGGGAGAAGGCCCUCAAGAAGGUGUCCAAGAUCGAGGGCCGCUUCCUGGCCCCGCCCAAGUUCUUCAACGAGACCUGGGUGGACGCCACGCUGGCCAAGAUGACGGUCGACCCCCAGGACUUCUUCGGAAACGUCAUCCGCCGGUUCCGCGACGCGCGCAAGGAGAUGCCCCGCAUCAGCGGCCCGCCGCCGCCCGUCUCGUGGGCGUACCCGUUCGUGGCCAACGCGUACUACGAUCCCACAUCAAACGCCGUCGUGGUGCCGCUGGCCAUGGUGUCCGACCUGUUCGCGUACGGGGUAUCGCCGCGCUACCUGUGGCUCUCCCAGCUGGGCAACACGCUGGCGCACGAGCUGAUGCACAGCUUCGACAUCAACGGCUGGCACUUCGACGAGCGCGGCGAGGUCUCGGGCUGGAUGACGUCAGACACGCGCGUGCGCCUCACGGCGCGCAUCCAGUGCCUCGUCAACCAAUACGCCGCCACCUUCUCGCACUCGGUGCGCCUGUUCGGCCGCUCGCACAGCGUCGACUUCGACUGGAACGUGACGAGCAACGAGAACCUGGCCGACAUCGGCGCGCUGCAGGUGUCGUACGACGCGUGGAAGAACGUCGUCAAGUCGCACCCGGACAUGCGCCUGCCGCAGGUGGACCUGUCGCCCCACCAGCUCUUCUUCGUGGGGGUCGCACAGAACUACUGCUAUGAAGUUUCCGACGAGUGGUACGUCACCAUGGUUGAGAUCGACGAGCAUACCCCGUUUCGUGAAAGGGUGAACGGGAUGAUGAUGAACUCGGAAGGCUUCGCCGAGGCCUUCAAGUGCCCGCCCACCGCGAGCCUGGCCAAGUUCAGGAAGUGUUCCGUGUGGUGAACAGGAUGGAAAUACAACUCUCCGGAAAUGGCGUGCCGGAGAAUGCUCGAAGUGAUAUCAACAUCUGUCCAGAAGGUUUUCACGACUGAGGGUUAUGAGUACGUUGAAAUGCUCAACAACAUUUAAAUAAGUUCUUAAAGUUAAAGCUAACUGUGUUUCCGCACCAAUCGGUAAGAUAUAUUAAAAGUAUUUUGAUUCGUAGGAAGGCGUGUAUUUAUGUGAUAGCGUAACCACCAGAAUAAAUGAGUUGUCUCGCCGCUAA